GGGCUGAUUUUCAUUCUCGAAUUUUGUUUUUACUCCAUUUCAGAUUUUCGUUUUUCUGUUUACGCUCGAUUUCUUCUUCUUCUUCUUCUUCGUCGUCGGCAGAUAUAUAAAUGAGGGUGAAGAAGCAGAAGCGGCAUCGGAGAGCCGUGCGAUUUUACACGGCUUGUUUUGGAUUCCGUGAGCCCUUCAAAAUCCUCUGCGACGGGACUUUUGUGCACCAUCUACUCACGAAUGGUAUCAUCCCCGCCGAUACUGCAUUGGCGAAUAUUCUCGGAGCCACCGUCAAAAUCUUCACUACCAGUUGUGUUGUUGCUGAGUUGAAAAGCCUUGGUCAAUCCUAUUCCGACUCAGUUAAUGCUGCUCGUAACCUGAUAACUGCCAGAUGUGAACAUGAGAAGCGUAAGAGUGCUGUGGCAUGCAUAACAGACGUUAUCGGAGAAAACAACUCGGAGCACUUCUUUGUUGCCACGCAGGACGCAGAGCUGAGAAAGAAGUUCCAAGAGAUUCCAGGUGUGCCUGUGAUAUAUGCUCUCAGAAAUGCUCUCUUUCUGGACCGCCCGUCAACAGUUCAACAAGAGUUUGCCAAGACUCUUGAAGAACAGCGAUCACGUAUGACUGACUUGGAGUUCGAGAUGCUAAAGUUGAAGAAGAAAAAGGCGAUGACUGAUAAAGCAGACGAUACUUCUGAUGCCAAUGAAGAUCAGAAUGAUCAUAUUGUAGAUACAAUGGAAGCCAAAAGAAAUGUUAAAAGAAACAGAACAGAUACAAAAGAUCAAGCUCAAUUCAAACGAAAGAGAGCUAAGGGUCCAAACCCUCUCUCAUGCAAGAAGAAAAAAGCCCAAGAGAACAAAGAUGCUGCUUCAGGGAAGGAGAGUAAUGUUGAUAACACAAAAGUCAGGAGCAGGAAACGCAACAGAUUGAGGAAAAGCAAAAUUACUAUUAAACAGACGGUUUAGUGAUUGAUAUACUGUUGAUUUUAAAUCUUAAAUGAUUUCCCGUCUUGUAGAUUGAUAGCAUCCAAUUUUGUCUGAGAUACAGUUAUCUUGCAUCGUCAAUGAGAUUGAUGAACUAAUUAAUAUGUAGCACUAGUAGUUUCUUUCCAGAAAUAUAAUGGCUACAUUUCUUA